GCCACAUCCCGGUGGCUGGCUGUGCCCUCUUGGGUGUGGCAGAUGCUGGUGGAUCCAUAGAGCUGCUCCGCUUGGUGGGAUCUGAGUAGAACACUUACACACUACAGCCACUUUCUAGCUUCGUCCUCGAGAAGGAGUGUCUGGCUUUGUCCCUCGAUUGGUCCACUGGGAAAACUGGAAGAGCCAGUGACCAGCCCUUGAAAAUCAUUAGCAGCGACUCCAAAGGGCAGCUCCACCUCAUAAGCAUGAACGAGGCGGGGCCCGGACUGCAGGAUGUCGCCACAUGGCAGGCCCAUCACUUCGAGGCCUGGAUUGCUGCUUUCAAUUACUGGCAGACAGAAAUUGUGUAUUCAGGUGGGGAUGAUGGCCUUCUGAAAGGCUGGGACACCAGGACCCCUGGCACAUCUUUGUUCACCAGCAAGAGACACUCCAUGGGUGUGUGCAGCAUCCAGAGUAGCCCCCACAGAGAGAACGUCUUGGCCACGGGAAGCUAUGAUGAGCAUGUUCUCCUGUGGGACACUCGGAACAUGAAGCAGCCAUUUGUAGACAUGCCCGCGCACGGUGGGGUGUGGAGGCUCAAGUGGCACCCUUUCCACUACCACCUGCUCUUGGCAGCAUGUAUGCACAGUGGCUUUAAGAUCUUCAACUGCCAAAAGGCAAUAGAGGAGAAGCAGGAAGCAUAUGCAGUCUCUGUGUCUCAUACGUUGCCCAACUCACUGGUGUAUGGAGCUGAUUGGUCCUGGCUCUACUUCCACCAUCUGCCAAAGACUCAGCAGUCAUUCUGCUCAGGGUCUUUUCCCUGCAGCGACCCAGGAGCCAGAACAGCAGAUCUGGUCUAUAACCUGAAGGUUGUGGGCCAGUCGCCUGCUGCCUCUUCUGAUCGUUUAGCAGCCGACGAUAAAGAGGGCCAUAGCAAACCCCAGAGUGGAGGCAAACCGAGGACUGCCCUCCAGCCACUCUCAGAGGGCGUGAAGAGCGGCAGCCAGCUGCACACUGCAGAGGCCACAAUCUGUGACUGUGGCCUCUGUUUGCAGGCAGCAAACUUGGACAUCAACCUUCUAGCCACGUGCUCCUUUUAUGAUCACGUUCUUCACCUCUGGAAGUGGGAGAACCGCUGAGCUAGGGAAGAGUUUGCUUGGUUUGAAAUCAUUAAGACCAUUUCCACAAAUAAAACCAAGAGUGCGACUGUA